CCGGGCCGAGGGGGCGAGUUUAUCCCGCUAGAAGGGAACAGUUUCCCGGGGCGAGACUUGACAGCGGCAGAACCCGAACUGUUUGAUGUACUAACAGCAAAUGCCAGGUCCCCUGUCACUAAGGACAAUAGAACAGAAAGUGUAUAGAAGUAAAGACUGAGGUUGGUCCUGCCCUCUGUAAAUAAACUCUUAGCACCUACGCUAUGCACCUAUGUAGAAAUUCGGUGUCACAGCAGAAGGAACACAGAUACAGCUUGGGCUGAAUCAUUUUUCAAACAUGUGGGCAGUGCCAUUUAAAAUGAGUAUUUACCUGCUGGAAGAGUGGCCAGGAAGGAGGAGUAGCAGCUGCCAGCAAAGAGCCUGCACUGCAGAAUUACAAUGGUUGACACAGAAAUGCCAUUUUGGCCGAUUAAUUUUGGAAUUAACUCAGUGGAUCUCUCUGCAAUGGAUGAUCACUCCCAUUCCUUCGAUAUAAAGCCAUUUACAACCGUUGAUUUUUCUAGCAUUUCUUCACCACAUUAUGAAGAUAUUCCUCUUGCAAGAACUGACCAGACAGUCCUUGAUUACAAAUAUGACAUCAAGCUUCAGGAGUGUCAAAGUGCAAUCAAAAUGGAGCCUCCUUCUCCACCUUAUUUUUCAGAAAAAGUCCAGUUGUACAAUAAACCUCAUGAAGAAUCUUCUAAUUCCCUUAUGAUUAUAGAAUGCAGAGUGUGUGGAGACAAGGCUUCUGGGUUUCAUUAUGGUGUACAUGCAUGUGAAGGCUGUAAGGGUUUCUUUCGAAGAACAAUCAGAUUAAAGCUGAUUUAUGACAGAUGUGAUCUUAAUUGCCGCAUUCAUAAGAAAAGCAGAAAUAAAUGUCAGUACUGCAGAUUCCAGAAGUGCCUUGCAGUUGGCAUGUCACAUAAUGCUAUCAGGUUUGGGCGAAUGCCACAAGCUGAGAAGGAGAAGCUCUUGGCGGAGAUUUCCAGUGACAUCGACCAGCUAAACCCUGAAUCUGCUGACCUGCGAGCCCUCGCCAAGCAUUUGUAUGACUCAUACAUAAAGUCCUUCCCUCUGACCAAAGCCAAGGCGAGGGCAAUCUUGACAGGAAAGACGACAGACAAAUCACCAUUUGUUAUUUAUGACAUGAAUUCUUUAAUGAUGGGAGAAGAUCAGAUCAAAUGCAAACAUGUGUCACCCCUUCAAGAACAGAACAAAGAGGUAGCAAUUCGCAUCUUCCAGAGGUGUCAGUUUCGCUCUGUGGAGGCAGUGCAAGAAAUCACAGAAUUUGCCAAGAAUAUUCCAGGCUUUGUGAACCUCGAUUUGAAUGACCAAGUAACUCUCUUGAAGUAUGGUGUCCAUGAGAUUAUAUAUACACUUCUGGCUUCUCUGAUGAAUAAAGAUGGGGUUCUUAUAUCUGAUGGACAAGGAUUCAUGACACGGGAGUUUCUGAAGAGUUUGAGAAAACCUUUUUGUGACUUUAUGGAGCCCAAGUUUGAGUUUGCUGUGAAGUUCAAUGCACUGGAAUUAGAUGACAGUGACCUGGCAAUAUUUAUAGCAGUCAUUAUACUCAGUGGUGAUCGUCCUGGUUUGUUGAAUGUGAAACCCAUUGAAGAUAUACAAGAUAAUUUGUUGCAAGCUUUGGAGCUCCAGUUAAAACUGAAUCACCCAGAGUCAUCACAGCUGUUUGCAAAGUUGCUUCAGAAAAUGACGGACCUCAGACAGAUUGUAACAGAACAUGUGCAGUUAUUGCAAAUAAUAAAGAAAACGGAGACAGAUAUGAGUCUUCACCCACUCCUACAAGAAAUCUACAAAGACUUGUAUUAGUGACCCCAAUCAUUCUAAUCCACUGACAUAAUGUACGUUCUUCAAAUUGCACUAUUUCUUUGAGAGACCAAUACAUAUCUAAGAAAUUACUGUGAAACAGCAUUUUAAAAAGAGAGCUUUAGCAUAGUAGAUCUAUUUUAUGCAUAUUGUUUAUAAAGACACAUUUACAAUAUACUUUUAAUAUUAAAAUGUCUAUAUCAUGAAAUUGUUGACAGUAUUUUCAGACUUAAUUUUUAACUAUCUUAUUUCUACAAGAAAAUUGCUUGUCCAAUAUGAUUAAAACAUCAGUGAAGCUGGUUAAACAUGCAGUUAAGUUUUCAACUCAAAAUAAAAGUCUUUUUCCACAAACAUUUCUUAAGGGAACAUUUAAGAUAUCUGGUUCUGUAUGAUUGAAAUCUAAAGUCAGCAACAACAGCAGUGAUUGAAUUGUAGGUUACUGCAGUUUUUUUUACUUCAAACUUAAGUUAGGCUUGUUGGUUCUGAUUACAUUUGUGCCCGUUUUAAAACCCCUUUAUACUGCCAGAGUUGAGCAAAGAGGGUUAGUAUGAAUGUGAAUCUGGCUCAGCCUUCAUAGGUAAAACCAAAAGGGACAAAGUGAAGUCAGGAAAUGAUGUACUGUUUAUCACACUUAGGAAAAGGGAGCCUUUGCAAUUAACUCAUGCCAAGACCUUUCCACAGUAUAUGAGAUACAUCAUCAUUGAACAACAUAUUCAUCCCAAAAUGCCAUCUAAAAUAGAAACAAGGUGAAUUCCAUAAAACAAAAGCAGGACUUAGAUUUGCUUGUACAAUCAUAAACCUGCAAUGUAAUCUCCUGCUGCAUUAUUUUGCAUUCAGAUGCCAGCAUUUAGCAUUGGGAGGAAAGAAACUUAGAAAUGUUCGCUGCUCAUAUGAUUAGUCGUGGUGUUACAUGUCUUGCCCCCAUCAUCUCAUGUAAGAAUACCAGAAGGACUAUAUUUGGAGGUGAUCCUGAAUGAAUCUAAGGGAAGCAGAAGUCACUUCCAACUUCUUCACUUGCCACCAGUAAGGAGCCCCAGCAUCCCAGCAUGCUCUCUGUCCCUUUCCUCUGCUCUCUAGCUCGUGCAGGGGCAGGGUGUGCCCAGAUGCUGGCGUGCCAUGGUUCCUGAGGCAAAUUUCUCCCUCUGUCUCCUCUCCGCACCCCCUCCCACCCCCCACUGGCAAACCCUGAGGACUGCAGCUCCAUUUUGCCAGCCCCAGCCACACUUCCAUGGCUUGCCUGCAGCCAAGCAAGGACACUCUCCCUCUGUCCCCUCUUUCCCUCAGACCCCCCAGGGAUUUGGCUGCAGUCUCUGCAGCUUGCAGGGGGGGGGAUUGAUUUCACAGCAUAUCCUAGGGGGAUGGGGAAGAGAGGCAAGCUAGAAUCCUGUGUGCAGAUCCAAGCCCUGCACUUGUGAGCCCAGGGUUUAGACCUGCAGGACCAGACUGAGAGAUAGAAAGCAUUGGCAAAGACCUGACAAUCAUCACCCGUGCUGGAGAUGUAAUUAAGGGAAAUUGCAGACAGCUUCACCAAAGAAUGCAGAGAGCUAUAUGCCUAAACAGAGCCUUUCUGAAUGCCUGUCUGUAACUCUGCCCUCAGGAUUAGUAAAACUAAUUCUUGUCUUCCUGGUUUACAUUUUAAAUUAAACUAAGUUGUGUAUGCUGUGUUUAUUGGGCUGAAUCUUAGCUUAGGCAAAGAUUUUUGGUAGUUCCCUGUUAUAUGCUUUGCAAAUUGCUAUGUUCAAUACAUGAUUGCUUCAGAGAAAGGACUUUUUCCCCAACCCCACUCCUCAGUCUGUCAGCCUCCCCACCCCAGGCUGGUGAUUAGCAUCCUGUGCAUCUGCUAGCUCCGGCUGGUGCCUGGCCACGCCCCUUCCAUUCAAGCAGAGAGGCAUGAGAGCCUUGGAGGGCAUCUCUCUUCCCUCCCUUUUGGCAGCGGCUGGUAGGCAUGCUCUAGCAUCCACUAGCUUCUAGUUUGAGUCACUGCAGGCAUGUGGCUGCAUUUCCUGGUUUAACAGAGAAUGUCUGUUCAGUUAUUAAUCAGUUUAAGCUGCGCAGCUUAGACUAACCCGCAAAGAGUGAAUCAAUACAGGCUCAGGCUUUUUGAAUGUCUGUCCCUAGCCUAACAGUUUGGCUCAAGAAGAGAGGUGUAUUGGUGUAAUUAAAGGCACUGACAGAUGUGCAGCCCUUGCUCUAUCUCAUGGUGCCUUACAUAAAGAGCUAUGAGUUAGAGUGCCCCCCCCGCCCCAACCCAACAGACCUGUGGAGUCUGGGGGGAGGGAGUGGGGGGAAUUGAGCUUGGCUGCAGAAGCCCAUGGAGCCUUGCGGCAGUGGAGGGAUUGCCCCUGUCCCCCAGCCCUGCCCCCUCUCCCUCCCAGCUCUGGUGCUGUCGGCAGGAAUGGAGGGGGAAGACAGGAGGGGGAGCAAGCUGCAGGCUGUGGUUUGUCUGGCCUGAGCUGGAGAGAGGAGGUGGGGGUCAUGAAGCAGGGAGGCUCUAAUCCACCUGCACCUGCCCAGCUUGCAGCUUGCUCCACCCCUCUUCUCCCUUCCUGCAGACAACCCCAGGGUCAGGUGUGGGCUUCAUCAGCCCAGCCCCGAUCCCAACAAAAAUUAAUCCUAUGGAACACAAGUUACCUAAGGUGCUCCCAAGUGGAGUGCCUUCAUCUGGUCCUUCACUUGAAGGUUAAUUUGUUGCAUGAUUGGCCACUUUUAAAGCACUCUGCAGCCAUGCGCAUGUGUCAUGGCAUGUCUGUAGAGCCCUUUCAGGGGGCCAGUCACAUGAAAAAUGUAACUUCUGUCUGUGCCCUAAGACUGAAGGCCAGAAGAAAGCAAGGAACCAAAAAGCAACUGAUGGAAAGAUGUAAAGUAGGGAGUUGACUCCCCUGAGAAUUCCUUAUUGUAUUGUUUUGUUUUUUAUAAGUGACAAGGGUAAUUACACCUAAUGAAUAGAGUUCAGAGAUGACUAAGUGGACUAGGGGGUGUUAUUUGCCUAUGAAUUAAAAAUCCAGGUUGGAUCUUCAGUCAGUGUGAAUCUGCUCUGCUCCAGAUCUGGCCUUAAAAAGUCUAAGCUGAUGUAAUUUACACAAUGAAUGGCCUAGAAGAAGGCAUCAGAGCAGUUCCAAAUUCCUGGAAUACACAGCCCAAUCCUAAAAACAUUUCUAAAGCUACUGGGUCUCUGACUUAUGUAAGCAUUAUGCCCACUAGGAAUUGUUUGCCAGUUUAGACUUCUGAAUUGGGCUUUAAGGUUUAAAACCUACAAAUAGAGUUCCAAAAUCAGUGUGGGCACAGCUUUGAUGUCUGCUCAUCUAGCAAGGAGAUCACCCCAGACACUUGUGAUGUGACUGCCCUCCUGCAGAUGGAAUACUGCAAGAUGGCAGCGGGUUUUGCUGUGAUAGAACUUGCACAGUUCAUGCACAGAAUCGUGCACAGUUCAAACAAGGCAGAUGGUUGCUUGCAGGGUAUCAAGUUGUGAUGGAGAUUAUACAUUGGCCAAUUUGUGGUUGUUAAGAUUCAAAAAGGAGUGUUCUAUUUUUUUAGUAGUUUUCCAUAGGAUAUUUGCUAUUUGAAGUUUGCUGCCUAUCAACAGAGUGGGGAAACCCCUGUAUAAUCAAGGAGUUCAUCCUCUCCUAAAAGAUGUUGUAUCAAAUCUAGUUUAAAUGGUUCCCUGCUAUAUAUUUCCCACAGUAAUGAUACAUAGCACAAAUUAUAAAUCUGAAACUGCAUAUUUUGCACAAUCUACCCAACAGUGGCUUCAUUAGUAGUUGGGUGAGUAGCACAGAAUUAGUUCCUGUGAAAAGAAUAACUGCAGGGCAAGUUCUUUUAGAUGUAAAACUAAAGUGCUUUCUGAAAAAGACAGUGGAUGAAAGUCAAAGAAAAUUAAAUUAAAGUCAUGGCUUCAUGACAGGAAAACAUGUGUAACCAAAAAACACAUUUACUCAAAUUGCUAAACUGCUACUUUUCUUAAACAUGCACAUCUGUAACCAAGUAAAAUUAAGCUGUGGCACAUUUCAAAUAAAUCAGUGCAAUACAGCCAACAGUAUCUAGAUUGUUAUAGUUAUCUGCAGGGUUCAUAACAAAAAAGUUAUGAUUCUAAACAGUUACAUAAUGGUUAGGAAGUCCCUCCUAAAAUAUUUUUUUCUACAAGUAUAGGUCUUAAGGGAAAAAUGUUCAUUUAAUGGACAAUUGGUAUGUACUAAUUUAGAAUAAAUGACUGUAGUGAAGAUAGAAAAGCAUUUUCUCAAAAAUAGCAUUUUUCUCAUGUGAAUUACAUGAACAAUUUUGGUCUAAUUGUAAAUACAUUUUGUUUCAAUGGGAUUUUAUUUAUUAAAAAUAAGGAACUUGCUAAUGGGAAUUUAUAAAUGGGUUGUGAAAUUUUCAGAAACUCUGGAGCUUAGGAGAGAUGUCCCAAGCUGUAUAUCAACAACUUGUUUUUUGAUUUUGAGAGCUACCAAAAAAUGUUGUUGCUAACACUUAGAAACACUCAGCAGGUAUGUGUCUUCCUUUUCAAGACAUUUUUAACCAUGUUUGAAUGUUACGCUCCCCCAUGGUUGUCUGUCCACCAUAUUGUGGCAUCUUCUAACACAAUGUGGGAAAGUGAGCUUCUGUUACUUUUCUAUGCAUUCUAAAAACAUUAAACCGCUAUUCUGUCUCCUA